CGAAUCGCUCCUCUCACCUGCGCUCUCCUCAGUCCCCCCUGCGACUGGCGACGUGCCAGCCAUGUUCUCUCGAGACCGGCAGGCCGGCCCGCGCGCAGUCGCCAGGAGGCGGUGGCGGCGACGCCGCUGGCCCCCGCCGGGGCCGCCGGGCGUAUGAACGCGGAGGCGGCGCUGAGGUCCACCGUGGGCAGAUGGCAGGGCCCCCGGCUCGCGAUCUACGAGGUGACCGAGGACGCCGGGCAGCCGUCCUGCACCGUGAGCACCACGCAGGCGCAGGGGCACACGUGGGUCGCCCCCUCGGCCGUGCGCCUCGCGGGCGGCGGGCGGGUGCUGUGGUCCGGCAGUUUCGUCCUCGAUCCCGGGGAGUCGAGCGACACGACCAUCUGCCGGGGGGGUCUCCUGCUACGGCGGCGCGGCGGCCGCCGUUUCCAGCUCGGGCACCGGCAGCGGCGGCAAGGGCGGCAAGAGCCAGAGGGCGCCCAGAGGCCCUCCAGGGCGCCACAGCCGCGAGAUCCGCGACGUGUGGGCGAGCAACUUCCAGCAGGAAUUCAGCGAGAUGGUGGAUGCCGUAGCGAGGAGAGCGGGGAGUCCACGAUCCUGUCGCUCUGCGUCGACUUCCCGGCCCUGUGCUGCUCAGACGCGAGGUCAGAGGAGGCCUCGAGACAGUACAAGGAGCUUCGCGCCACCGUCGACGACCACUGGCCCCUCCAGGCGGGCAUGGUGGUGUCCACCUCGGACGGCCUGAUUCCGAAGGGGGUGUGGAACUACAACUUCUUCUUCGACGAGGAGGUUCAUAAGCACAACGAGUCGUCGCUUUCCACUCUGCGCGUCUCGGGGGUCGACGUUGCCCGGCACAAGCUCGAAGGGAUUGAUGCCGUGGCCUUCGGGCAGAACCUCGGCAACUCGGUGCUAGUGGGCCAGUACGGGUGCACCCCGUGGUGGCUUACAUUCAGCGGCUCCUACCACUUCGGGUUCCUCCUGAAGGUGCUGACGAAGGGCCGGCCGCUCCCCGAGGAGGUGGGCUCGUUCCUGGGCGCGGCCCCGUCGGUCUUCUGCCCCCUGCGCUACGACCUGCGCGAGCAGCUCCCGUGGGACUCCCUGGACGCCCUCGCGGGCCGGCACGGCGUCCAGCGUCAUGGGCCGCACUGGCAGGCCGGGAGCAACGCGCUCCUGUCCCUGGAGCUCUACAUGCGCAUCACCCCAGGACUCUGGGGGGGAGGGGGGGGCACCCUCCGCCCAGACCCGCUGCCGGAUCCUGCCCAGCUCCUGGCGUGGGCGCCCACCCCGCCUGGCCAGUGGCACCCGCCGCCGCCAGAGGCGCCCCCGGCGCCCGAGCCGGAGGGCCUCGGGCGCGGCGGCAGAGCGAAGGUCCACGCCGGGAGUUGCCCGCGAGUCCCUGGGAGUUCGAGGCUCGAGGUUGUCGGGCGUGUUGCGUCGAUUCCCCGCGGUCUUCCAGCCUCGGGAUGCUUUCCAGCAGCUGCGCCUCGCCGAGAGCGUUCUGGGGCUGCCUGGAUCCUCCCGGGCGGCCGCCGGGGGAGCCGAGCUGUGGCCCGAGAGCCAGGGGGCAACGUCAGACCCAAGAAGUGCGAUGACCGUGGCCAAGAUGUCGCGGGAUCUUGUCGUGAUCCGUGCUGGCCGUCGACGAUUGGCGUGGACGGCUCGUGAAUCGACGACGACCAAGAUGGACGAGUCAUGGUCGUCGUUUUCUGUCCAUCCAGAGCCCUUCUGACCAAGACCUCAGAGGAGGAAGAGGUACCGAUACUGCGACCUAUUGCCUCGUCUUCGCCUUGUUUGGGCCUCGUGGGAGGCCCUCGUCGCCUCGGACGGAUUCGCCUCGAGAUUCUGGUCCGAACGCACCUUGGGAGAGUUCUGGGGAGUCGCGGCAUGGGUCCACGAUCGAAACUGAC